GCCGAGUACAAACUGUAUACCGAGACUGCCGGAGCCGACCUCGCUCCCUCAGUUCAGAGGCCGGCUUCACUCCGAGCUCACGUACAGUGAAUAAUAUAUCAAGUGACUAAGUUAUCUAUUUAUCUCCAUCAUGGCAAACAUUCUAGACGUUUCCACGGGAGAUAACCUGCAAUAUCAAUUCUUCCCGGUGUCCAGCGGUUCCGUCCAGUUCAAGAUAAGGGCUCAAAAUGACGCGCAUAUUGCACUCACCAUGGGCCCCCAGGAGUCUGACCCGAUGUGCGAGGUUUACAUUGGCGGUUGGGGUAACACGAAAAGCGUAAUUAGGAGAAACAGAACGAAACCGGAGAAAGCUGAAAUCGAAACCCCAAACAUCCUCAAUGCUGGUGAAUUCCGUGGUUUCUGGGUGCGCUGGGACGGUGGCAUCAUUUCAGCUGGACUUGAAGGAGAGGCAAUUCCAUUCAUCUCUUGGGCUGACCCAGAGCCUUUCCCAAUCGCUUUCGUCGGAGUUUGCACUGGCUGGGGCGCGUCUGGCACGUGGAAAAUUGAAGAUGGAGCGGAGUUCAAUACGCCCGACAAGUUAGAAUAUAAAUUCGGGCCCGUCGCUUCUGGUUCUUUGGAACUCGAAUACCGCGGACCGCACAAUUGUCACGUUUGCCUCACACCCGCGGCCGCAGAAGUCGACCCAAUGUACGAAAUCAUCCUCGGUGGUUGGGAAAACACACAAUCCGUUAUUAGACACUGCAGGCAGAAACCAGAUAAGGUAACUGUCCCAACACCGGGAAUAAUGAACCCUAACGAGUUUAAAAAGUUCCUCAUGGAGUGGCGUUGUGGGAGAUUGAUGGUUCGGGAUGGAAGAACUGGUGCACUUUUGAUGGAAUGGCUGGACCCCUCUCCUUUCCCCAUAACCCACUUCGGCGUGCGAACUGGAUAUGGCGCGCAAGGAAAUUGGCGUAUUAAGCAUUUCAGCAGAGGCGGUGCCCAAUCCCUUCCUCCACCACCGUCGGCCCCGUCAGCUGCUGCUUUGUACAGCGCACCCCCUGGCUACCCCGGAUACCCAGGAGCUGCUCCAGUGUCAGGCGGCGCUGGUCUAUGGGUAGAUGCCACAUCUGGCCAAGUACCUCCAGGAGCUGUGGUCGGAGGCCAGGAUUGCUCCGGGGAGCCUAUCUACGUAGCUAGAGCACAGCACGAGGGUGCUUUGAUUCCUGGCAAACUCGCUUCGUCUCACGGUUGCGCUUAUGUGGCUUGGGGCGGACAGGAACAUGGAAAGAAUGAAUAUCAGGUGCUAAUUGGUGGCCCCAACAACUGGGUGCCAACGAGUGGUUCAAACAUUCCUCCCGGUGCAUUCCCCGGAGGUCAGUCUGAGGACGGAGAGCCUCUUUUCGUUGGCAGAGUACGUCAUGAAGGCAGUCUCACCACCGGCAAAGUACAACAAUCCCAUGGUGUUUGUUACAUCUCCUUUGGCGGACAGGAGCUCGGCUUCCCUGACUAUGAGAUCCUUAUUGCCUAAACUCAGCACCAGAUAAACUGCGUCAAUCCAAUGCGUGUUUAUGUCAAUAAACUGAACACUGCAAUUGAAGGGGCUAAAAUAAUGGGGGUGUAUGUGACAA